UCCUCUCUCUCUCUUCCGCAGAGCUCCUCCACAGUGAAUGCAGAGUCGCGAUAUCAGAUCUGCGUUGCGUUCGGACUCUUAUCUCAUCCGCGGUCGCGGGUGUUUCUCUCCCCGGCAGGAUGGAGCAGUUCCUCGGCCGCCCCAGCGCUCCGCCCGGCCCGGUUCUGCAGGUGUGUUUUCCCAGCGCUCGCGCGUCGGUUCUGGAGAAUCUGAACCGGCAACGCGAGGAGGGUCAGUUGUGUGAUCUGUCCAUCCAGGUGCAGGGACAGGUGUUCCGAGCGCACCGCUGUGUGCUGGCCGCUUCAUCCCCUUAUUUUCAUGACCAGGUUUUGUUGAAGAAUGUGACCACGGUGUCUCUUCCCUCGGUGAUGGACCCUUUGGCCUUCGAGAGCGUAUUGAACUCCGCAUACACAGGUCAGCUCAGCAUUGUGCGUGAUGACAUUGUCAACUACGUCACGGUUGCCAGCUUCCUGCAGAUGUGGCAUAUUGUGGACAAGUGCACAGACAUCCUUAAGAGGUCACGACCUUUAGCCCAGGUCAGCCCGAGCGGGGCAACCUCCUCGAGUCACCAGUCGCCCAGCAGCUCGGACUGCUGUUUCGCCGAUCCAGAGUACCGGGAGCGAGGGCCAUGCGAGCAAUCUCUCGCCCUGGAAAAGAGAUCCCUCAGCGGGGAGCACAGCGCACUACCUCCCCUGGCCACCUGGAGGCGCCCACAUCAGCAGCAGGGCAGGUGGGGCAAAGGCAGCCUCUCUUUCCCCCUCAGAGUGGAGUCGCCCCGAAAUGACUGCAGCCCUGCCGGAGGUCACCAUGGCUGCACCGUUGCAGCUUUAACGUGCAGCAACAUGGGAGCAAAUGAAAUGGACUUCAACAUGCGUCACAGGGUCCGGGCGCGCCUCCGAGGAGUGAGGGAGGAGGAACAGAGGAGGAGAGGGGAGAGGUGGAUGGAGGCAGAUGAAGGGGUGGGAGAGCUGUUGCAGGAGGACAAAGUGAGGGUGAAGUGUGAGGAGCGUCAGUCUGGAGGUGUUGAACCGGGGGGACGUCUUGGAGAGAGAGGUAGUGGAGAGAGGGAACAGGAAGUAUCCGCCUUGUCUCAAACAGAUGACACCGGUCCGCCCACCGCACAUGCUCAGUGGCACCACACUUCUGAUUGGCCGACGGGUCAGUGCGUUCAGUCAGAUGGCAAGCUAUUGGAUAAAGACUUGUCCAGAAGAGAUGUUGAUGAGGAUGAUGUAGAGGAAGACGAAAUGGACAUCGGCCGUUUUGCCGAUGGCGGAUUUGAGACCUACGAUGAAAUUGAGGAAGCCACGGGGCAAGUUUCCCAGCGGCCUUUGCUACCGCCGUCUCCCAAUGAGUUUGCGGCGGGACCGGCCGAGCUACCCUGGCUCCAAACGGUCUCUCCGACCUCUCUUCCUCCCUCUUCCUCUCCUCCAAUCACCUCACCCUCCUCUUCUCUCUCUGGAACGCCCUACACAGGCAAAGUUCACUUCUGCCACUGCGGCAAAGCCUACACCCUGAAGAGCAUGCGCGACCGGCACGUCAAAAUGCAGCAUCUGAACCUGCGUCCAUUCGCCUGUCCCGUCUGCUCCAAGACCUUCAAAAUGAAGCACCACCUCACCAAACACGUCAAGACGCACGGAAGUCUGCGGCCGUACGAGUGUGCGCUCUGCGGCAAGACGAUCGUUUGGAGGGACAGUUUCUUGAAACAUCAGGCUCGCUGUCAACGAAUGUCCGCUGCAGCAACGGCUAGCGCUGAAACAGGUUGCGGACAGGACGGCGGGUACUCAAACGUGGUGGGGCCGGUGAAGUUGGAACAGGAUGAUUAUUCAUUGAAGGAACAGGAAGCAGAGAGAAGCCGAAUAUUAAACCCAGAGCAGACAUGAGAAGAUACACGUCCAUUUAUCUAGACAUGAUGUUUGGUAUAAAAUGAAAUAUAUGUAGCAAUUCAUUAUAUAGCUAGAAAGCUCCAUUAAAAAAUAAAUAAAAGGAAUUUGUUUGGUAAAUUGUAAAUAUUUAACACCGUGUCCUAACCAGGCGUGAUACAUCAAUGUUUUAGUAGCGAUUUGUCUGUCCACACUGAACACAAAAAUGCUGCAUAUCUUAAGAUGUUUAACCCUUUAAGCUUUGAAGAUGUUUUGAAAGAUUUCCUGUUUUUUAGGCUUUUAACUGCACUAAAAAAAACAAAAUGAGGGUCAAUUGUUUGGUAUCAUUUAAAGAAAACUUAAAAACAAUGUUAUAGAUUGUGAGAGUCUCAGUUUCAUUCUGUGCCAUUUGAGACAUCAUUGAGUCUCAUGUAUUUGGUGCCAUCUUCUGGUGGUCAUAUGUAAUUACAGUGAACGAUCCUCUCUGCCCAUAUUUGGAUGACUUUCACCUCUGGUUGCAGCGAUCUAAAUGCUAAUACGAUUGGUUUAGCGUUCCAUGACGCUGAACAAUGUACUAAACCAUUGAAGUCAUGUGACCCAGGAAAGCUGAUGUGCUAUUUGCACAUUGUGCUUCAUGUGGAUUAUCUAAUGAUCUAUACAUCUGAUUAUCUUGUGUGUGGACUCGAUUGAAAGAUAAUCACAGACUCUAGAUAAUCAUAUGGGGUAUUUUAUGUUCCGAUUAUUUUUCAUGAAGUUAAAAGUGAAAAUGCAACUUAUAAGCAACAACUGUUUACAUGUUACAUGUAUGUCAAUCACAUAUAUUUAACUGUUACUCGCUAUAUUUUAAUCUGUGAGUAAAACAAAUAGUCUGGUUGUAUUUUACUCUUUAAGAGCUUUACAACAACAUAUGACACAUGACUAUUUGAUGAGUUUGAUGUUUUUACUGAUUGCAAUAAUAUGUACAGUGCAAAAUUAUUAAUAAAAUAAUCAAAGCAUAACACUUCUGAUUUGUCAGUAAAUUUUAAAACACUUGUUCAGUUUUGCUCAUAAUGUUUACAUGCAUUAUAAAGUAGAGCUUCUAAACUUUCAAACGAAACCUAACUUGUGUUGGUCAACAAGACUGAAAUUGUAUUUAUAUUCUGACGUGCUCAUUCUGGCCCGUCGGCACGCCAAUCAGAGCUUAAAGGGUUAAUUAAAUGAGUGUUUUACUCUUAAAAGCUCACCGCUUUUAGAACAAGUUUCAUCACUUAGCACCUGGUUACGACACUGUACUGUAUUUGGGAAAUAUUCCAGAAGUCCAUGUUUAGCUGCACUCGAAAUAUUUAUUUGUGCAAAAAAGACUCAAAUAAUCUUUGAACACUCAAUGAAGGUCUGUUGGUUUGUUCUGUUCGUUUCUGCUGCCAAACUCACUGAAUCUUAUAUAUUAUAUUUACUGAACACAACGUGACUGU